AUGGGUGUUCCCUUCGAGGCCCUCCUUCCUUAUGCGAUCAUCACGGGCAUGUUCGGCGUCACUGGCGCUGGCCUGUACGUUGUGAAGCGCUUCGCUAAUGAGGGCAAGAAGCCCCGCUGGAACCGGGACCUUUGGGAUAGGGUAAUGAUGGAGCGCGACCUGCGCAUUACCGGCACCAUGCGUGGACAGUCAAGCAACCACCAGGCACCCCCAGGAUUCGAUGUCAGCAAGCCGUGGAAGAUCGAGAAGCGGAUUUUCUAG